CUUUGAGAGUACGUAAAUUUAUUUAAUUCUUUUGUGCAUUUUUUUUUACAUGGGUGCUAAAAUUUAAAUUGAUUUGAUUUCAUAUUUUUUUAUAGAUGGGUGCUGAGAUAUACGACCCUAGAUUGUAUAUCGAUCCUGGCCCAAGGGAUCGAAGGUAUUUAACCGGGCAAGAUCAACAUCGCUCUCGUUCAAUUUGGAACAAUAAUCCGGAAUCACUUAUUCCCAUCAGUCAUCGAGGUACAUGUCGAUUGCCCCGUUGGCAUCCUCGACUGCAUCCCUAUCUAGAGAGGGCGGGAUUGCACAAUUUGAGGCACUUUAUGAGGCUAGAUAUUGACAACGAUCUGCUGACGGCAAUGGCAGAGCGAUGGCGCCCUGAGCUGCAUACCUUCCACUUUCCCGAGGGUGAAAUGACGAUCACCCUCAAAGAUGUUGCCAUCCUCACCGGGCUCCCGAUCACCGGAGAUGCCGACCACCACGCCCGUUGAAGGGGUUGGGCAUCCACCACUGAAUGCGGGGCAAGUAUCGAUCCCGUGGCUUGUUGACCACAUCCAAUUGGAGGUUAAUAUAGGCCUGGAUACUCCUGAAGAUCAGGUGGAGCGGUAUGCACGUGUAUACCUAAUUGCCUUGGUUGGUGGGUUUCUGUUCCCCGACAAGUCAAAUAAGUGGAUACAAGGCAUGUGGUUCCCUAUGCUCCUCGGUGACUGGGACGAGAUCGGGAGAAAAAGUUGGGGGUCGGCCGUCUUGGCUGGAAUCUACCGAGAGUUGUGUACUUGCUCGAGGUUGGGAGCGAAACAAGCUGGUGGUGCGAUGUUCAUACUUCAACUCUGGGCAUGGGAGCAUCUUCCGUUUCUCGCACCUCAAGACCCUCGGGAAUUCUGGUUGCCAGAUGAUGAGCUACGAUUUGUAGCAAAUCCCCCAUAUGGUUUCAAGACAGGAACGAGAGAUGGUGGGCAUGCAGUUGCACUUUCAAGCCAUUAUUGAGGGAAAGGAUUUUUCCUAGGUGUAGCGGUUUAUUCCCAAUUAGGUGUAGUUAUUGUACAUGAGAAACUUUCUUUAUUCGAAUGAUAGUGCUCAGCACAAAUGUGUUAGUGUUUUAAUGUGUUUUCCAAUUGAAUAAGGCUUGUAGUAGUACUUUUCGAGGACCAAAUUGUGAUAGUACUUUGGGCAAUGUAGUAGUGGUACUGGC